GACAGGAAAAACGACCUAGUCGCGGGCCGUCCGCCGCGCGGCGCGCUUAUAUAACGGGGAACCAGGGCGCGCCGGGAAGUCCAGGACACUAUCACCGCCGCACUCCGACGAGAAAGAGAGAUCAACCCAGCUUCAGACACCAAGUCAUGGCGAACCCAUCCGCCAGUGCCGAGGCGGCCGCGAGCUGCAGGCCAAAGAAGAUGACGUGCCUCUGCUCGCCGACGAAUCACCCGGGCUCCUUCCGCUGCAGUCGCCACCGGACACCCCACGCGCGGCAGCCGUCGUCUUUGUCGUCGACGCCCGGCCGCGCUUCGCAGCAGCAGGCAGCGGUGCCGGGCAAGAGCAGCGGGGGGACGAGGACGACGACGAGCAAGGGGCGGCCCGUCCUGCGUGCGCACCUGCAGCGGCUGCUGGCCAGCCCGCCGUCUUCCGCCGGCGGCAGCGACCACCGCCGUUGUCGCGAGUUCAAGCCCCGCCUGUCAAGGCUCGGGCGCCUCGCCGUCAACGCGUGACGACCGGAGGCAGGCAUCUCGUAGCUGAUCACUAGUGCUGGAAAGUGCGCCUCUAUUUCGCACGCACUGGCUGGCAGUGUAGCACCUAGUAGUUAGGAUCUUCUCUGGUAUUAAUCUGGAAUCCAUCAACUUUUCCUGCAUGUACUGUGAGGAUGAAUUGAUGAUCGAUGAUGGUACUUAUAAUUACUACCGAAUCAGAACAUGCCUCCUGUAAAAUUUUCCCCACCAGCAAUGGAACGGAGUAGUUUGUGUUGAUCUA